UGAAGUGAACCAGCUCUGGAAGUGGAAGAGGAGAGAAUGGGCAGAGUGGGUGGGCUCUCUGAUUGACAUGUCUCAUAGUCGAUCCAAAUAUUUCUGCAGCAACAUGAGUUGCCGGAAGCUUGGGAAACUGACCGGUGAAAAGGAGGUGACUUUGAGCAGAUCAGUCCCUGUAGGAAGUGAACCAGCUCUGGAAGAGGAAGAGGAGGGAAUGGGCAGAGUGGGUGGGCUCUCUGAUUGACGUCUCUCACAGCCAAUCCAAAUAUUUCCGGACCAACGUGAAUUUCCUAAAACUUGCGAAACGGACAGGUGAAGUGGAGUUGACUUUCAGCAGCAGAUCAGAAGGAUUGCACCAUUACACCAGAAGACACGAAGGAUAGACACCGCAGAUAGAUCUUGACCAUCACCCAAGGAACACCUGCACAACUGUGGGAAGACAUCUGGUUUCUUUGCAAUAUUGCUGAAAACAGAAGACUGGGCAGUGAAACCAUCAUCUGGAAAUCAGUCAGGUCAGGGAGCUUUGACACAUCAUCAGAUCUGAAACUGGUCAGUGGUGUGGAGCCUCCAAUCAGAACCAGCCUUUCUGAAGGUUCAGCCAUGGGUGAUUGGUCAGAAUGAAUUUGGGAAGAAGUGUGAGUAAGCUGUAAGUGGAGUGACAGCUUCAAACAUUCAUCAAGCUGAAGCACUGACUCAAUCCUACAGGUGAGAGGGUGUUUAUGUGCAUAGUGUGUGUGUAAGGCUCCAUAGGUUUAUAAGAUCCCCAAUGAUACAAGGUUCAUCUGUUGUACAACUGUCAACUCAAGAAGCGCUUAAUGGAGAAGAAAUUGUUCAAGUGUGACAUAUGUGACCGGGCCUUCACAAAAUCAUCAAUGCUUGUGAAUCACCAACACCUCCACGCAGGAGAGAAGCCCUUCAAGUGUGAAGUUUGCAACAGAGGCUUCACACAAUCAUCAGGUUUGGUGAUUCACCAGCGCAUUCACACAGGGGAGAAGCCAUUCAUGUGUGAAUUGUGUGGCAAGUCAUUCAGACAAUCAUCAAAUCUCCAUGUACAUCAACGCAUUCACACUGGCGAGAAACCAUACAGAUGCGAGGUGUGCAACAAAUCAUUCUCAUAUUCUUCACAACUCCGCAUUCACCAACGUAUCCACACGGGGGAGAAACCAUUCACCUGCAAGGUGUGCACAAAAUCAUUCACAAACUCAUCAUCUCUGCACAAACACCAACGCAUUCACACGGGUGAGAAGCUAUUUGUAUGUCAUGUAUGCAAUAAAUCCUUCUCAAAGUCAUGGUGCCUCCGUGAACACCAUCGCAUUCACACUGGAGAGAAACCAUUCAUCUGCCUGAUGUGCAAUAAAUCAUUUGCACAGUUAUCAUCCCUCCAUGUACACAAACGUAUUCACACCGGGGAGAAACUGGUCAAGUGUGAAGUGUGUGACAAAACCUUCACCCAGUUAGGGAAUCUCGUGGUCCAUCAGAUGAUCCAUACAGGGGAGAAACCCUUCAAGUGUGAGUUUUGUGAUAAAGCUUUUAUAUCAUCUUCAAGCCUUCUGAGACACCAGCGGUUUCACACAGGGGAAAAACCCUUCAAGUGUGAAGUUUGUGAGAUGGCUUUCACUUUAUCUUCUACUCUCCUGACUCACCAAAGGAUUCACACAGGGGAGAAACCAUUUAAGUGUGAGGUGUGCUACAGAGCCUUCACCCAGUCAUCAAAUCUCCAUGCACAUCAACGUAUUCACACUGGAGAGAAACUAUUUAAGUGUGAGGUGUGCAACAAAUCACUGUCAACCUCAACGACCCUCCGUGCACACCAACACAUUCACACAGGAGAGAAACCAUUCAAAUGUGACGAGUGCAACAAAUCCUUCUCAAGAUCAUCCAAACUUCUGCUUCAUCAGAGGAUCCACACAAAGGAGUAACCUUUCCAUUAUGAGAUUUGUGAUAAAGCUUUCUUGGUUAUUUGACACUCGGGGAAACAAGAGGAUUCAGAGUGCAGGGAACAUCUUCAGGUCCCAUUGCUAUGAUGGGAUUUGCAGCUAAACCUCUAAUCUGCUGAAGCAUCAAUAGAUCCACAUUGUGCCUUAAGCAGAAAAAAUGCUGAGCCCAUCAAUCAGCAUGCAGAGUUAAAAGAGAUUGGAUGAUUUGCUUAGAGGAAGAAAUUUCCAAUGCACCCCUCAAAGUCAGAGUACUCCUGGGGUUAAAGAUGAUACAGCUGAGAAAAUGAAAAGGAAGCAGCACUUUGGAACAGCAUGGAACUGUUUGCUAUAAGUACUGUAGCUCCAUGGAGAGUGCAGUAUGUGGUAGUUAACAUUUCUACAGUUUAAAAGAUA